GGAAAACUUCCUGGUUUCAAAGUCUAGACAUCAGUGAAUUCGAGCUACUCGGCAAGUGGUUCGAGACGGAACGAACUUACUUCCCUCUGGAGAACUGGUACUCGUGUGUUCAGUUUGAGUUUAGCCUCGGACUUGGAGAUACCUUAAAUGAUGCUAGCAUCGACUUCGAAAUUGUUUCCGAUAACAUAUUUUUCCCUAAUAGUUACCAGUACGGCACAAUGCGUAAAGAGUACUUAGCCAAUGGGACAUCCCUCUUACGCUUCAACUUCGACGAAGAAAUCACAGGAGCUAUGAACGAGCUAAAUGUUCACGUUGUCGACUACUUGAAAGACGAAUACAUCAUCCUCUACGCUUGUCACGUGAUCGACAAAAGUGUUUCACGUUUUCACAGUUACGAGAGUGUGAAGAAAUAUGCGUGGAUUUUGGUACGGGAUGCAGAUGAUGAUGGAACAGUAGCUUGGAAAGCGAGGCAGAGGCUCCUUCAGUUGACACCAGUAAGGGCGACAUCUUUGUACCCGACAAACAGAUGGCAAUGUCACAAUGGGAAAGACUAAAAAAACGUAGUCUUUUGAAUUCUUGUUUUUUAUGAUCUUUUUGCUCAAUUUAUAAUUUUCAGAAAACAGAUGAGAUCAUUUGAGCAAACUUUUGAAUUUU